GAGUCCAAUCCAGUCUCCUGCGGAACUAGCACCACCGCAGCCCUGUACAUUGUUCUUUUUAUUUUUUGUGGCCACAGUGCACUCGAAAUGUUUUAGACUGUUAGCGGGCGCCAGAUAAUUCAAGUGAAUCAGUUCGCGACAAAGAACGCACUUUCGUUGGCCACCAAAAUGGGCGAGUUCUUCAAGUCGCUCAACUUCAACUACUUCUCCUCCAGCGAGGGCAGUCCAUCUGCCAACGGGGCUGCGGGAGGCGGAGGUGCGGGAGGAGCAGCAGGUGCUCUCGGGGGCAGGCUGGACAACGACUUCGUCGGCCAGGUCGUCGAGGUGGCUGGCCACAGGCUGCGCAUCAAGUGUGUCAUCGCCGAAGGCGGAUACGCCUUUGUGUACGUCGCCCAAGAUGUGCAAACUGGCACCGAGUACGCCCUCAAGCGUCUGAUCGGAGCCGAUCAGCAGGCCUGCAACGCUAUUAUCAACGAGAUCGGCAUCCACAAGCAGGUCUCUGGCCACGGAAACAUUGUUGCCUUCGUGGGGUCCAGCUACGCGGCGCCGUCGCCUCAGCAAGGGGCCCAGUACCUGCUCCUUACGGAACUGUGCAAAGGGGGCUCGCUGGUGGACUGCUUUAGAGCUAACAACGCUGCUAUCGAUCCGCCCUUGGUACUGCGCAUCUUCUACCAAAUGGCUCGAGCUGUGGCCUGCCUGCACGCACAGUCACCGUCGAUCGCCCAUCGAGAUAUAAAGAUCGAAAACUUCCUCAUUGGCAACGACAAGCAAAUCAAAUUGUGCGACUUUGGCUCAGCCACAAAGGAGGUACUUUCGCCGACGUUUGAGUGGAGUGCCAACCAGCGCAACAUGCUAGAGGAUCAGCUAAAUACGGUGACAACACCUAUGUACCGGGCUCCCGAAAUGCUCGAUACUUGGUCCAACAAUCCGAUCGGGCCCAAGGCCGACAUCUGGGCUCUUAGCUGCAUCCUUUACUUCUUGUGCUAUCGCAGACAUCCCUACGAGGAUGGCGGAAAGCUGCGAAUCAUUAACGCCAACUACAUUCUUCCGCCAGACCCCCCGUACCAGUGCUUCCGAGACAUUAUCAGGGGAUGUUUUAAAGUGAACCCCGCCGAGCGGCUAGACAUUGCCAUGGUGCUCGAACGCCUUGCAGCCAUUGCGGAAACAAACAAUUGGUCACUCAAAGGACCUCUAGACCUGCAUGGAAUCCCCAUCGAUUCCUUACCGGCUGAAAGCCCCGCUCGAAAAAGUUUCAUUCAAUCGGAGUUUUACACCGAAUCGCCUACUAGUACCAUCCCCCACACAGCGCCCCCUGCCGCCACCGCUCCAUCUUCCAGUAAUGGACACGGUAGCCUGCUGUCGUCGCUGCGUGGCGGUGCUGGAACGCUUUUCAAAAACAUUAAGGAUACAUCCACCAAAGUAAUGCAGACUAUGCAGCAGUCUAUCGCCCGCAACGAUCUCGACAUCAGCCACAUCACCUCUCGGAUUUUGGUUAUGCCCUGUCCUUCUGACGGCUUUGAGUCGGCGUACAAAACGAACAACAUCGAAGACGUUCGGCUGUCUCUAGAGAGUCGUUUUGCUCCACAAAAGAUUAGCAUUUACAACUUUGGUCAAAGCACAGUGCCCCGACUACCGCCACCAGUGCGUACAGUUGAGGCAGGAUCAGUUUAUGGGUGUCCACAAGCGCAUGCUCCCAAUCUACAGGGCCUGUUUACCGUGUCAGCAGACAUGUACAAUUUUCUGAAAGCCGAUCCGAAAUCGAUUGUAAUCGUGCAGACCGGGGACUCGGGUGGGUGCUCUGCCGCCACAGUCAUCUGCGCUCUGCUCAUGUAUGCAGAUUUGCUGCAGGAGCCGGAGGACGCGGUGCAGGUGUUUGCUGUCAAGCGGCACACCAUAAACCUGCGCCCCUCCGAGUUUCGCUACCUGUACUACUUCGGUGACAUCCUGCGCCCCACACCUCUGCUUCCGCACUACAAGAACACCAAUCUUGUGUCGCUUAGCUGCCAGCCCAUACCCAGAAUGACCAAGGCUCGCGACGGCUGCCGAAUUUACAUAGAGGUGUAUUGCAACGAUAACUUGUUGCUUAGCACACUGCAGGACUACGAAAAGAUGCGUUUGCACCAGGCCGGCCCCGGGAAAAUAGUUCUGCCGGUCAACCUAACAGUCUGUGGCGAUGUGACGGUGGUUUUGUAUCAUGCCCGAAAGGGAAUGGUGCGACCACAAGGCCUGAAGAUAUGUCAGUUUCAAAUAAACACGGGCUUCAUCCCCGAACCAGAAACACUGAUCACGUUCAGCAGCCAAGACCUUGACGACCUGCCAGAUCCUGAACAGGUGGCCCCAAACUUCUGCGUGUCGCUCUCGCUUACUGUGACCGAGUCGGAGUCUCCUCCCAGCCAUAAGCCGCCAUGGUUGCCAGCCAAGCCCACUCGAUCACCAGCCGCCUUGUUUAGUUCGGAUCUGGAGUUCGCAGAGAUGUUGGACAACUUUGUAACCAAGCCCAGCACGCGUUCAUCGUCGCCGCCUGUCGCUCAGAAAAGUGAUCGUGCCAGCUCUCCACUCGUUUUGCCCGAUGUUACAGAGACCGCCCACGAACCUCCGAUGGCUGUGCCAGAGCCUUCCCCGCCCAUCGACCUGCUCAAUUUGAACCAGCAGCAUAGUGAUGCACCAGCAGCGGAUCCUUUAACUAGCGCCAAACCCAGCACAGAUGCCAGCUUUGACUUGUUGGGGGCCUUCGGUGAUGACGACUCCUCGGGCAUAGGAUCAGCACCGAUUCCUGAUAUACUUCCACCACCGCCAAUGCAGCAGCUGCCGACAAAAGUAAACACAGAUCUGUUCGACAUCUUUGGCUCUGUGGACCAAGCCAAUACGCCCAGCCUGAAGCCAUCAGCCGGAUCAGACAUACCGCCUUUCGUUGGCACCCUGCCAACUUUUGUAACCAAGCCAGCCGUCACCAGAAACGAUCCCUCGCCAACACAGCCGCCCAAGGCAGCUGCCGAUCCGUUUGCAGAUAUCGCCAAUCUUGCUUCAGGACUUAACAUAAACUUCAACCGCAGCACGCUGAGUGGCAAGUCCCCUGUCGGCAGUAGUCCCCAACCGACGCAGUUCUCCAGCCCCACCCACAGGCCAUCCCCAUCCUCGCAGCCUCAAGGGAAUUUUAUGCAGACACCGCCGCAGCAGCAAUCACAGCCGAUGACAACGUCCACUAGGGGACCUCCGCAGCCACAGCCGGUCCCUGCUCAAUCGCGGCCAGACUACAGUCGAGUCCAUUUCGAUUCGCCAAAGCCACCGCAGCAAGCAGGUUUCGGCGGCACCAAGGGCUCCGACAUAUUUGCAGACAUUCUAGGCCAACAAGGCUACUCCUUCGGCAGCAAAAUGAACCAGGGUCCGCGAUCGAUCAAUGAAAUGCGCAAGGAGGACUUGGUGAGGGAUAUGGACCCCAAGAAAGUUCGCAUUAUGGAAUGGACUGACGGUAAGAAAAACAACAUCCGUGCGCUUCUAUGCUCAAUGCACACAGUGUUGUGGGACAACGCCAAGUGGCAGCGAUGCGAAAUGUCCACCAUGGUAACUCCGGUGGAGGUCAAGAAGGCGUACCGGCGAGCCUGCCUUGCAGUGCAUCCUGAUAAGCAUAAUGGAACCGAAAACGAGGAGAUUGCCAAGCUCAUUUUUAUGGAACUGAACAAUGCAUGGACAGAUUUCGAAAACGAUGCCACGCAGCAAAAUAUGUUCAAUGCGUAAAACGCGUCCUAUAGCUUAUGUUUAUCGCAAUUAGUCCUAAUUAUCGUACUCUUAGCGGAAUCUAGUGUAAAUUCUUAUAAAAGUGUAAGCUUUAAUGUGUAAAGUGAAUGUAUUGGCUUAUGCCAUUAACGGCGCAGGCAAUUCAGCUAGCCCAAAAGAACCCCUUUGAAAUUAUGAACACAUGAGGACAUUUUACUUAAUUUGUAUAAUAACAAAUCCAGUUCAAACAUUCCUAUUGCAUCCAAUAGCAGUCCCCCACAGAAAAUGUCUGUAUAUUGAGAAAGAUACUCCCAUUCCCUCAGACCUUGGCGAUCAUCCCCUAAAAGAUUGCACGCCUUAUUCAUCAUCCCAUAGAAAUCAAUGUUUCGUAUAUGAAAUAUAUACACUUUAUCUGCAGCAAUUAGAUUAAUUACAAUAUAUCCUUGACCCAUAUAUAGCCAAUAUGUGAUUAAACUAUAAUUGAUGGAAACUAAAAGUAUAGUUUAUGUACAGAACUGUUCCGAGUAUAAAAUGUAAAACGAGUAAAGACAAAGUUAGUUUUACUUCUUAGCAGUCCAAGUGUAUAAAAGAGAGAGUAUAUUGGAGGUUAUCUAAACGCAAAAUUCCGGUUCAGCAUUUAAUGUUUGUCGCUAUAAAAAUAAAUUCUCUAUAUACGUUUCCUCGUGAAAUGCCACUGUUAAA